CCUGCUGCAGUCCCAAACUAAGUGACAGGUGGAAGGCGGGGCGGUGGGAGGAGUCUGCUUUGUAUCAUCCUCUGUCAGAGUGGCGUUUCCUGAGCCGGGUGACAUGGAAGGAGAGUCCGGACUGUGGUCGCUGUUCCAGCGUGCACCUGUCGAUUGGACAGAACCAUUGGUGAUUGGACUAUUGGUGUUCCAUGUGCUCUGCUUUGUAAUAACGAUAUUCUCCUUCAAAUUCUACAAAUUCCAGAUUGUACACUUUCUGAUAAUGGUUGCCUUGGUGAGCAGUUCUGAAUAUAUUAAUGAAUUUGCUGCUCUGAACUUGUAUAAGUAUUCAAAGCAACAGUACUUCGAUUCUUCUGGGAUGUUCAUUUCAUUGGCUUUUUCCGCUCCAUUGUUGUGCAAUACUAUAAUAAUUGUGGUCCAUUGGGUUUAUAAAACUUUGUGUGUGAUGACAGAACUUAAAACUUUGCAGAAAAAGAGGAAAAGUGCCAGGGAGAAAAAGAAGGAAAACUGAACUUGGUGAACUUUCCACUUUGGACUUUGAACAUUAAAGCAUGUAAGAUGACGCUUUUAGUCCUGGAAAUGGGUACAGAGAACCAAACGCCAAGACAAUUGUAAAUCCUGGACUACCUAUGCGUGAGCAGUGUUCAAAAAUAUCCACAACCGUAGACAUUAUUGUCUGCUACAAAUUAAGCUGAUUGGAUAAAGUAGGAAGUGUCAACAUCAGUGCUGGUUGGUUCUUUCUCCCAUAGGCUGGAAACUAUAGCAACCAAUUAGAAAUCAGACUUGGAAUGGUCAGGCUACGAAAGGCUGAUCUGUGCUUAGUUGCAGUAAGUUACUACAUGUCAUCCAUCUUUGUACCGUCUGGGUCUAGAGCCAUUUGUCUGUCCCUGUACAGAUGUAAGCACUGGCAUGUGUAGAAAGAGCCAUACUGUUGCUCCAUCUCUCAGCUAGUCAUUGAUUUU